AUGGAUCUAAAAGAUCGAAGGCAGCACUCUCUGACCUGCUCCAAGGAGUCCCCUUACAACACCUCUUCCCUAGAGGCUGAUGAGUGUCGUGUGCCAACCCAGAAGUCAUAUAGCUCCAGUGAGACGCUCAAGGCUUUCGAGCACGAGCAGAGACUUCACUACAGUGGCUGUGUGACCGACCUUGUUCACCAUGAGGCUGAUGAGUACUCAAGACAAGGUGGGAACUUUACUCUGUCUGAACUGGGAGUAUGUGAUCAAACACCUGCUCCUCAUCCCGCUGCUGUCCCCUACUGUCCUGAACUGGGGCUCCUUCAAAGGGGCUAUUCCCUCAGCGCUGGAUCCGAUGCAGAUUCUGAUCCAGACGGCCCCUUGUCACCGGACCGAGCCAUCCAGCUUUGGGCCGGAGGGGUAAAGUCUCGUCGCAGUUCCGGAGUGUCCAGUCAUGAGAACUCCGCUUUGACCCUCACCGACUCCGAGAAUGACAACAAGUCUGACGACGAAUCAGGUCGCCCACUGCCUCCAACCUCUUCCUCUUCCCUGCUCCCUCCGUCCCAUCCGUCCUCUUCGUCCGUCCCACACCACCCCUCUCCUGGCCCGUCUCCACCCAUCAGGGAGUGUCAGGUUCCCCUCCUGGAGAAAAACUCCACCCAUUCUCACCUGGAGCCCCACCCAGAUGACUCAUACUUGCUCCGUGCCCAGACAUCCUCCACGGGGGUGGCGAAUCACCACACCCAGUCCAAACUACGGCCUCCACUGCCCCCACCACACAACCAUCACACCUUGUCGCACCAGUCUGCAAACAGCUUAAACAGAAACACCCUGAGAGGGGGACGUAACCCUAUUCACGCCCCAGCUCCAGGAUCCGGCGACGGACCCACCACCCCUGAGUCUGUGCAGCUCCAAGACAGCUGGGUGCUCAACAGCAAUGUCCCACUAGAAACCAGGCACUUCUUAUUCAAGACAUCAUCAGGGACCACCCCAUUGUUCAGUAGCUCCUCCCCCGGCUACCCUCUCACUUCUGGGACAGUGUAUUCUCCGCCCCCACGUUUGCUACCCAGAAACACCUUUUCCCGCUCGGCGUUCAAGCUAAAGAAACCGUCCAAGUACUGCAGCUGGAAAUGUGCAGCGGUGACGGCCAUUGCUGCAGCUGCUCUGCUGGCCGUUUUAUUGUCCUACUUCAUCGCAAUCAACCUAUUGGGUUUGACAUGGCAACUGAAGCCAUCGGAUGGUCCGGUCUUAAACAACGGGCUGGGGGCUGCUGUGCCUGUGAACAGUGAUGUGGCCACGCUGCCUUCUGGAGGCAGAGGUCCGUGGGUUGGACGUAACAGUAGUAUAGACACGGGCAACAUUGACGUAGGGAGGAGAGCCACUCAAGAAGUCCCACCAGGUGUAUUUUGGAGGUCGUUGCUGUACCUCAGUCAAGCCCAGUUCCUCAAGUUCAACAUUUCUUUGGGCAAGGAUGCCCUGUUCGGGGUCUAUAUUCGUAAGGGCCUUCCCCCCUCACAUGCACAGUAUGAUUACAUGGAACGCUUGGAUGGGAAGGAGAAGUGGAGCGUGGUUGAGUCUCCAAGAGAAAGGAGGAGCAUCCAGACUGUGGUUCUUAAUGAGGCAGUGUUCGUCCAGUACUUGGAUUCUGGGGCCUGGCAUCUGGCUUUUUACAAUGAUGGUCGUGAGAGGGAGACAGUUUCCUUCAGCACAAACAUUAUGGAUUCCGUGCAAGAGUGCCCGCGCAAUUGCCAUGGUAACGGAGAGUGCAAUUCUGGCGUAUGCCAUUGCUUCCCGGGAUUCCACGGCAUGGACUGCUCCAAAGCGGCAUGCCCGGUGCUAUGCAGUGGUAACGGCCAGUACGACAAAGGUUCCUGUGCAUGUUACAGUGGCUGGAAAGGACCUGAGUGUGAUGUCCCUGUCACACAAUGCCUUGAUCCUCUUUGCAGCGGCCACGGCAGCUGCACCAAUGGCAACUGUGUGUGCUCCAUUGGAUACAAAGGGCAGAGCUGUGCAGAAGUGGAUUGCCUGGACCCGACAUGUUCCAACAAUGGCAUCUGUGUGAAUGGGGAGUGCCACUGCAAACCAGGUUGGGGAGGGCUCCACUGUGAGCUGCCCCGGGCUCAGUGUCCAGACCAGUGCCAUGGCCACGGAGCUUUCAUCCCUGACACUGGGCUGUGCAGCUGUGACCCUAACUGGAUGGGACCUGACUGCUCUAUGGAGGUGUGCUCUGUUGACUGUGGAACACACGGAGUGUGUAUGGGUGGGGCAUGUCGCUGCGAGGAUGGCUGGACGGGUGCAGGCUGUGACCAGCGUGUGUGCAACCCGCUUUGCAUCAAACAUGGAACCUGCAAGGAUGGCAAGUGUCAGUGUCACCAGGGCUGGAAUGGAGAGCACUGCACUAUCGGUGAGAGCACUUUGAUGUGUGUACGUAGGGAUGGCUGUCCUAACCUGUGUAAUGGGAAUGGGCAGUGCACCAUGGGACAACAGAGUUGGCAUUGUGAAUGUCAAACUGGUUGGAGGGGCCCUGGGUGCAGUGUUGCCAUGGAGACCUCUUGCGCCGACAACAAGGACAACGAAGGAGAUGGACUAACAGACUGCAUGGACCCAGAUUGCUGUAUCCAGAGUCCCUGUCAAAACAGUCCCCUUUGUCGAGGCUCCCGGGACCCUCUGCAAGUCAUUCAACAGAUCCCCUUAUCCCAGACUCGUGUCCACUCAUUUUAUGACCGCGUCAAGAUGCUUGUGUCACGGGACGGCACUCAUGUCAUUCCUGGAGAAAACCCAUUCAACUCCAGUUUGGCAUCCCUCAUCCGGGGUCAGGUGUUGACGACAGAUGGAACGCCUCUGGUGGGGGUGAACGUGUCUUUUGUCAACUACCCCCACUAUGGAUACACGCUGACAAGACAGGAUGGAAUGUUUGACCUGAUAGCUAAUGGUGGGGCAUCAAUGACUCUGCGAUUCGAACGUGCCCCCUUCCUGAGCCAGGAGCGCACCGUGUGGCUGCCCUGGAGCCAGUUUUAUGCUAUGGACACUGUGGUGCUUAAGACAGAAGAGAACACAAUCCCCGGCUGUGACCUGAGUGGCUUCAUCAGGCCUGAUCCUCUUGUGAUUGCAUCCCCUCUCUCCUCCUUCUUCAGCUCCAAACCAGGGGAGAAACCCAUCAUACCGGAGACACAGGUGCUGCACGAGCAGAUCGAGGUGCCCGGCACAAGUCUGAAGCUCUGCUACCUAAGUUCUAGGACGCAGGGCUACCGCUCCCUGCUCAAGGUGACCAUGACCCCAGCCGUGGUGUCCAUGGGUCUGCUGAAAGUUCAUCUGAUGGUGGCAGUGGAAGGCCACCUCUUUCAGAAGUGGUUCCAUGCCUCGCCAAAUUUAGCCUAUACUUACAUCUGGGAUAAGACUGAUGCAUAUGGACAGAGGGUCUACGGGCUUUCUGAGGCUGUUGUGUCUGUGGGUUAUGAGUACGAGUCAUGUGCCAGUCUUAUUCUGUGGGAGAAAAGGACCGCCACCCUGCAAGGCUAUGAACUGGAUCCAACCAAUCUGGGUGGCUGGUCAUUGGACAAGCACCAUAUACUUAACACACGAAGCAGCAUUCUUCACAAGGGUAGUGGAGAAAACAUCUUUGUGACAGAGCAGCCUCCAGUCAUAAGUAGCGUUAUGGGCAACGGCCGCAGAAGAAGCAUCUCCUGUCCGAGUUGUAAUGGCCUCGCAGACGGCAACAAGCUGCUCGCACCAGUUGCCUUGGCAAUGGGCAUUGAUGGUAGCCUCUACGUAGGGGACCUUAACUUCGUACGCAGGGUUUUCCCUUCCAUGAACACCACUGGAAUCCUUGAAUUAAGGAACAAAGAUUUUAGACACAGCAAUAAUCCAACCAAUAAGUACUUCCUGGCAGUUGAUCCAUUAUCUGGAGCGUUGUUUAUCUCAGACACCAACACCCGACGAAUUUUCCGUGUCCGCUCAUUAACGGGUGGCCGCCUGCUGUCUGACAAUGCUGAGGUCGUAGCUGGGACUGGAGAGCAGUGCUUGCCCUUUGAUGAACGCUGCGGCGAUGGCGGCAAAGCUACUGAAGCUACACUUAUGAGUCCAAAAGGUAUUGCCGUGGAUAAAAAUGGGCUCAUGUACUUUGUGGACGCAACAAUGAUCCGUAAGGUGGACCAAAAUGGCAUCAUCUCCACUUUAUUGGGGGCCAACGAUUUGACUGCCGUGCGACCACUGAGCUGUGACACUAGCAUGGACGUGAGCCAGGUACGCCUGGAGUGGCCCACAGACUUAGCAGUGAACCCCAUGGACAAUUCUCUUUAUGUCCUAGAGAACAAUGUCAUUCUGCGCAUUACUGAGAAUCAUCAGGUGAGCAUCAUAGCAGGUCGCCCUAUGCACUGUCAGGUGCCUGGUAUUGACUACAGCCUCAGCAAACUAGCUAUCCACGCUGCACUUGAAAGCGCCACAGCAAUUGCCCUUUCCCACACUGGCAUCCUGUACAUCGCUGAGACAGACGAGAAAAAGAUUAACCGCGUUCGACAGGUAAGCACUAAUGGAGAAAUCUCCCUUCUGGCGGGUGCCACCUCCGACUGUGACUGCAAGAAUGACGUCAACUGCAACUGCUUCUACGGCGAUGACGGCUAUGCCCCGGAUGCCGGCUUGAACUCUCCUACCUCCUUGGCAGUGUCCCCCGAUGGGACUCUCUUCAUUGCAGACCUCAACAACAUACGAAUCAGAGCGGUGCGAGCCAAUCGGCCCGGCCCUGCCUUGUCAAGCCCGGUGUACGGGGGAUCUGGUGGGGCGCGGUACGAGGUGGCAUCACCCAGAGAACAGGAGCAGUACAUCUUCAAUAGAGAGGGACAACAUAUCCAAACUAUUAGUCUUGUCACCGGAGAACCACUCUAUAACUUCACCUACGGUCCUGAUGGCGAACUGGUGAGUCUGGUAGACAACUGCAACAAUACAGUCAAAAUAAGGAGAGAAGGCUUGGGCCAGGGUGGAGGUGCAGGCCUGCUUCGACUGGUCCUCCUGCCAGAGAAUCAAGUGGUGACCUUGGGAAUGGACCCAAGCGGAGGCCUGCGGAGUGUGUCAGCCGUGGGCCAAGAAUUGGCUCUAAUGGGCUACAGCGGUAACACGGGUCUGCUCGCCACGAAAGCUGACGAGACUGGAUGGACUACAUUUUACCAGUAUGACAGCGAGGGUCGCUUGACCAAUGUGACAUAUCCUACCGGUAUGGUCACAAGUCUCCAUCGUGAGAUUGAACGUUCUAUCACCAUCGAUAUCGAGAGCUCCAGCAGAGAUGACGAUGUGACUGUUAUCACUAACCUGUCCUCUGUAGAAGCUUCAUAUACUGUAGUUCAAGACCAGGUAAGAAACAACUACCAAAUGUGUAACAACGGAACCCUGAGAGUGAUGUAUGCCAACGGAAUGGGCAUAAGUUUUCACACGGAGCCCCACAUCCUGGCAGGGUAUGUCAGCCCUACUAUUGGUCGCAGGAAUAUAACGCUUCCUACAGACAAUGGUCUAAACUCCAUUGAAUGGCGUCUGCGUAAGGAACAGACAAAAGGAAAAAUUACCGUGUUUGGCAGGAAGCUAAGGGCACAUGGUCGCAAUCUCCUCUCCAUUGACUUUGACCGUAACACGCGUACAGAGAAGAUUUAUGAUGAUCACCGCAAGUUCACGCUACGCAUCAUGUAUGAUGCUCAGGGCCGGCCAGCUAUGUGGUUGCCUAGCAGCAGCCUGGCAGUUGUCAAUGUUUCUUAUUCCGCAACUGGUCAGCUUGUUGGCCUGCAGAGGGGAAGCAUGAGCGAGAGGACUGAGUUUGAUCCCCAUGGACGCAUCCUAUCGCGCUCUUUUGUGGAUGGAAAGAUUUGGAGUUACAGUUACCUUGAUAAAUCCAUGGUUCUAUUGCUGCAGAGCCAAAAGCAAUACAUCUUCGAGUUUGAUACUUCAAAUCGGGUCACGGCUGUCACCAUGCCGAGCGUCGCCCGCCACACAAUGUUCACGCAUGUCUCCAUCGGAUACAUCCGCAACACUUACAACCCACCAGAGAGCAACGCCUCCAUCAUUCACGACUUCAGUGAAGACGGCAGGCCUCAGGCAACGCAUUACCUGGGCACCGGGCGCCGCGUCCUCUACAAAUAUGGCAAACUGGCCAAGUUGUCCGAGAUUAUAUAUGACAGCACCGCCGUCACGUUCGGCUACGAUGAAACCGCGGGCGUGCUGAAGAUGGUCAAUUUACAAAGCGGCGGCUUCUCAUGUACCAUCCGCUAUCGGAAAAUGGGCCCGCUCAUCGAUAAGCAAAUUUAUCGCUUCAGUGAGGAAGGGAUGGUCAAUGCAAGAUUCGACUAUACCUACCAUGACAACAGCUUCCGAAUUGCAAGCAUGAAGCCAGUCAUCAGUGAAACACCUCUACCUGUGGACCUCUACAGAUAUGAUGAAAUCUCUGGCAAGGUGGAGCACUUUGGAAAAUUUGGGGUCAUUUACUACGACAUUAAUCAGAUUAUCACCACAGCUGUUAUGACGCUGAGUAAGCAUUUUGACACCCACGGGCGCAUCAAGGAGGUCCAGUAUGAGAUCUUCCGUUCCCUUAUGUACUGGAUGACGGUGCAGUAUGACAGCAUGGGAAGGGUGGUCAAAAGGGAACUGAAAAUCGGGCCCUACGCCAACACCACUCAGUAUCGCUAUGAUUACGAUGGAGAUGGACAGCUCACUGGCGUCAAGGUGAACGACUGGUCAACAUGGCGUUACAGCUAUGACCUGAAUGGUAAUCUUCAUCUGCUGAACCCCGGGAACAGCGCUCGGAUCAUGCCGCUGCGCUAUGACCUCCGUGAUCGAAUCACACGGCUAGGAGAUGUCCAAUAUCGCCUAGAUGAGGACGGUUACCUCAGCCAGCGGGGUUCUGACAUGUUCGACUACAAUUCUAAGGGUCAGCUGCUAAGGGCCUACAAUCGUGGCCCUGGUGGCUGGAGUGUUGUUUAUCACUACGAUGGCUUGGGUCGCAGAGUCUCAACUAGGAAUAGCAUUGGACAGCACCUGCAGUUCUUCUAUGCAGACCUUAACCACCCAACAAGGGUGACACACAUUUUCAACCAUUCGAGUUCAGAAAUCUCCUCACUCUACUAUGACCUCCAGGGCCAUGUAUUUGCCAUGGAGGUAAGCAGUGGGGAGGAAUAUUAUAUUGCAUCUGAUAAUACUGGCACGCCACUGGCUGUUUUUAGCAGCAAUGGACAGAUGAUCAAACAGGUGCAGUACACAGCUUAUGGAGAGGUUUAUCUGGACUCUAACCCGGAAUUUCAACUUGUGGUCGGAUUUCAUGGCGGUCUCUAUGAUGCCCUGACCAAACUAGUCCACUUCACCCAGCGUGACUAUGAUGUCUUGGCUGGGCGUUGGACCUCACCCGACUACAGCAUCUGGCCAAAGAUUGGAAAAGAUCCCUCGCCAUUUAAUCUGUACAUGUUUAAGAACAACAAUCCCCUCAGUGACAUGCUAGAUGUGAAAAAUUAUGUCACAGAUGUAAAGAGCUGGCUGGUGAUGUUUGGUUUCCAGCUUAGUAACAUAAUCCCGGGAUUCCCUCGACACUCGCUCUACUUUGUGGAGCCACCUUACGAGCUGCAGGCUACCCAGCACUGUGAAAAUGGACAGCUCAUCACUGGCGUGCAGCAGGCAGCAGAGCGUCACAACCAGGCGUUUAUGGCUUUAGAGGGCCGUCUUCUCAACAAGGAACGGCGCAGACGUAAAGACAAACCGGGCCACUGGUUUGGCACCAGUACACCCAUCAUAGGCCGUGGAGUGAUGCUGGCCCUCAAAGAGGGUAGAGUUGUAGCUGGCGUGUCAUCUUUGGCCAGCGACGACAGCCGCAAAGUGGCUCUUGUGUUGAAUGGCGCCCAGUACCUUGAAGGCACCCACUACACACAGGACGGGAAGGACUGCCACUACUUUGUGAAAAUUGGCUCGGCUGACAGCGACCUGUUGGCCUUGGGGCUUACAAAUGGUCGCAAGUCACUGGAGAGCGGCAUCAACGUGACAGUCAGCGGUCGCUCCAGGAGAGGGGUAACGGUCGAGUUUGCAGUGCCGUCCUUCGUGCUGAGUAUCCGCUACGGGCUCUCUGCCGACGUGGUGGACGAAGAGAAAGUAAGACUGUUGGAGUUGGCUCGGCAGAGGGCAUUAGCUGGGGCCUGGUCCAAGGAACAGCAGAGGGCCAGAGAUGGAAAAGGAGGCAGUCGUCUCUGGACUGAGGGAGAGCGACAGCAACUUCUAACAGCAGGCAGAGUACAAGGCUAUGAUGGCUACUAUGUACUACCUGUGGAGCAGUAUCCAGAACUGGCUGACAGCAGCUACAAUAUCCAGUUCCUUAGACAGAAUGAGAUGGGCAAGAGGUAA